CUGCGGCCGUACCAAAACGAAUGCAUCGACCAAUGUCUUAGCAAGCUCAGCGCCGGCAUACGGCGACAGGCAGUGUCACUCCCAGUGGGCAGCGGUAAAACUGUGAUCUUUUCCAGCCUUCUCCAGCGCAUUCCCAACCCAACCCCACAAGCGACAAAAACCCUCGUGCUCGCGCACCGCGAGGAGCUCCUCGUGCAGGCAGCGCAGCAAAUCCAUCGCGCAGCUCCACACCUCGUGGUGGAGAUUGAUCAGGGCGCAAGGGUAGCCAACCCUGCAGCGGACGUUAUCAUUGCCAGCGUGCCGACCCUGGGCCGGCGCGGGUCUGAGCGGCUGCAGAGGCAUGAUCCGCGGAGAUUCAAGUGUGUGAUUAUUGAUGAGGCCCACCAUGCGGCGGCAGAGUCGUACGCGCGGAUUGUCGAGUACUUCGACUGCACGGGUGAUUUAUUUGUCUGGGGGUGCUCAGCAACGCUGUAUCGCGCGGACGGGCUGCGGCUAACAGGGGUGUUUGACGAGAUCACCUUCCAGAGGCAUUUUGUGCAGAUGAUCAAGGACCGGUGGCUGGCUAGCUUGCGGCUGGUUACGGUGCGCACCGGCGGUCGGCUGGAGGGCAUCCGGUCGUAUGCUGGGGACUUUGCCCCGGGCGCGCUGAGCUCCGCGGUGAACACCGAGGAGCGCAACGUGGCGGUGGUCAAGGCGCACCAGACGCUGGCAGCGGGCCGUCGCAGCACGUUGGUUUUCGCCGUUGAUGUCAGGCAUGCCAAGGACCUGGCGCUGGCGUUUGUGCACUUUGGCGUGCCGGCCGCUGCCGUCCUGGGCACGACGCCGGUGGCCGAGCGCGAGCGGCUUUUGGCCGAGUUCCGCGCCGGCACUUUGGGCGUCCUGGUCAACUGCGGAAUUCUGACCGAGGGCACGGAUAUUCCAAACAUCGACUGCAUCAUGAUGGCCAGGCCGACGAAAAGCGCUGUGCUGUUCCAGCAGAUGAUCGGCCGCGGGAUGCGCUUGUUUCCCGGGAAAGCAGACUGCCUUGUGGUAGACUUUGUCGACUCGUUCAAAAGGGAUCUGACGCAAGUCACCGUGCCCACGCUGCUCGGGCUUGACCCU